CACGUCGUGAUGCAGGAGGGACCACUCGGUGGUGCAUCUAUCUUCUGGGGCUACAAGUAACGGGGAAAGAAGGAAGCAAGGGCGGCGGGCGCUUCUAGCCCAACUCAAUUUUCCCCAUCAGGGUGGGUUUGCCGAUGGAUGGAUGGAUGGAUGGUCUGCAGCUCGUUCUUUUCCUCUCACCCGCCUUGGACCAACUUCCAAGCUUCCUCUUCCAUCGAUCCAGCAUCCGAGCGAUCCCAGCGAUCCGAGCCCUCAGCCAUGGCCACAUUCCCGGCCACCCGCGCACGCUUCAUUCCAUCGCAAGUAGACUGGAGCCAUAGAGGCAGAAGCAGUAAAAGUUCUCCUCCAUCAGUAGCACCACCACCACCACCAUCACGACGAAGUUCCCUGGGUUCCAGCGGGGCGUAGUAAGUAUAUACUUCACGAACUAGUGUGUGGUGGAAGUGCCGAACAGCAGUACUUGGACUCAGUCACCGAGGAGAACGAAGUGGGGAUCAACAUUGAACGGUCCGAGCUCGGGAAGGUUGAUGAUUGUGGUGGUGCUGGUGGUGGUAGAACUAAGGGAGCAGCACCGGCGACAAUCGAAGGGGACCGGCUGCAUUUUUUCCAAGGGGAAGGAAUAAAGACUCGAAAGAGAGGGAGACAGAGAGAGAGAGAGAGAGAGAGAGAGAGAGAGAGAGAGAGAGAGAAGGCGUCCAUCCAAAUUCGAGCCCGAAAGACCAGAGAAGGAAAGGAACAAAGGGCCAAGGGGGAAGCUCAUUGGCGACUUCUCCUCCGACCGACGACAAAAACGGCGACUAUCCGAGUGAAACGGCGGGCCCCGAAUAGUAAAAACUCGUCGAGAGAAUCCAGGAGAAGCAGCCAGUCAGCCAGGAGGCCAGCCAGUCAGCUCAGUUAUACUAGUCCAUCAGGAGUUGGCCCUCCAAAUGGAAAGACGAAUACUGAGACCCUGAGUUAGGCCAAACGAGAAGAGAACAAGCAGGAGACGAAGAGUUGAUCAUCUAAAAAGUUGUCUCCUCCGAGGAACAAGACGGGGAGCAAGGAGAACUCCUUCGACUUGGGGCACAUCCCACCAACGCUGUUGGGGAUUCAAUCAGAGUUCCGAGUGUGCCCAAUGCUCAUGGUGGUGGUGGUGAUGAAGAUAAUAAUAUUGAGAAUGAGGAACACGGUAACGGAAGUUGACCGACUUGUUUGUACCCCUUGAAACCAUGGCCAAUUUCCUGGACAGCCUUUCGUGGUGAUUACUACCACCCCACGUCCACCACGACUUCAACUCCCAACCAUAACUCGCUUCUCUUCUCUGCUUCCAUCCAUCCAUCCACCAUCUAUCUAUCCAUACAUCCAUCUAUCCAUCUAUCCAUCCAUGCAGUGUAAAGUGAACGUAGGAACUUGCGGAGACGGGACUCGGUGCUUCUUCAAGCUCAUUAGAACGAGCAAAACUCGAAUGUGAUGGUGCUUUGGUGAAAUGCUGGAGAGAAACGGAACCCAAAACAAGAUCCCAACCAAUCCAACGCAAUUCAUUGCUUGAGAGAGCUUCUCGUUGUACAUAUAGUUUUGAACACACAAGUGCCUCAAAAUGGUUAUGAAUGAGUUAGUGAGUGAGUAGUGCCGGACAAUUGAACGAGUGCAAGAGCUGAGUGAGUGAGUGAGUGAGUGAGUGACCCUGUCAAAUGAGAGGAUUUUGAGCCCGUUUACAUGGGAGAUGAGCGCAAUCAAUGUGUUCAUGGGGUCUCAUGGUGAAUGCAGUUUGUGUAGCUCGGCUUUCUCAUUUCCAAGUUAGCAUAAAAAUUGAGGAAAAUAUCGAAGAAAUGUGGAUGCACGACUGAGAAUCGAAUCAGAAGUGGCAACAACGAGAACGCUUUGCUUCUCUUUGUUCAGCGACCUUCCGAGUCACUAGUAGGCGAGGAGCGUCUCUGUCCUCCCCAAUGUCCUCAUCAUUCCUGCCACCUUCAAUCAAGAUGUCCUCACUGGCUGGUGGGUCAUCCACCAGGUGCUAUCAGAGGAAGAACUCAUUGAAUGUAGUUGGCCCAGGAACAACUGCUCUGGCACUUCCCAGUCCUACAGGGAGUUCCAGUGAAACAUCCGAUUACCAGCGGAGCACUCCUAGUCCACGAGAUGAGCAUGACUCUGGGAUCGGUUCCAUUGAGGAGUGGUCCUCAGAGAGUCAAGCGUCUCGGGAUGACGCCGAUCUCGGGUUUUCGGAAGAUCUCAAGGAACCUUUAGUUCCAGCAGUUGCCUCGAUUAAAACCGAGUGCUCUUCCAUUUCCAACUUCCAAAAGCGGCCACAAGCCGUGAAGCGCCGAUGCACGUUUGAUGAAGCUGAUCCUUUGGAUCCCCGACUGAUGCUCCAACAAGUACGCGUGGCUCUAGAGAAGAUUCCAAAUCUCGAGGCGCUGGACCAUGAUGUGCCAAGUGGAAUGUCCCAGGAUGACUGUGUCAAACUUCUCAAGCGCCGGCAUUCAGAGUGUUCAUCACAAUCCUCUUCGUCAAGUGCAGUCAUUGCCAAAAAGAUUAAACUGGAAGAGGAUAAUAGCUCUUCAAAGGGGAAGAUCACAUCCUAUCUGUCAGAAACGAAGCAUUUUACAGCCCUAAGGAAAGAGAAGCUUGAUCGAAUCCUGAAUCUCAAGACUGAAAUCUCGUCACAGCUGCCGCUGUCAACCAUAGCACCACCACAGUCCCUACCCACCAAGCUCGAUCCAGAACAUCACCAGAAUAAGAAUGAUCUCUACCUGAUAUCUCAGCUUAAGCAACUCAAAGAUGCGAAGAAAGCUGACCAAUUUUCCCACGCCGUAAUCCAUUCCGAAUUAAAAGACCAGCCUAUAUUCAAUUCACAAGUGUCACGGGAUGAUCUCAAGUCGUCUGACAAACUCUUGUCCCAUCUCUCUCAUCCUUUGGAGUCAGAGGGCCGCAAAACCAAUCGAAAUGAUCAGACUUGCUUUGAAGUGCCGAGUUCUGUCAUCAGGUUUCCAUUGACAAGGCCAUCUUUAGACACUACCCUCUGCAAGUGGAAGGCCUGUGAAGAGGCUCUCGAAUCCACCGGAAAGCUUAUCGACCACUUAAAGAAUGUACAUGCCGACAGCCAGAACAUCGAGGGCGAGGAUGAAUUUCAAUACAAGUGCCUCUGGGUGGGUUGCAAGGUCCAUGGCAAAGGCUCCAGUUCAAGGACUUGGCUCGAAAAGCACAUCUUGUCCCAUGGUGGCAAUAAACCAUUUCAAUGUAUUGUGGAUGGAUGCAAAAAACGGUUUAGUACCCAGAGUCUUUUGGAGAGACAUGUCAAUGGCCACUUCAAGAGCACAACCGCCAACGCCAGCCAAUCGCAACCCGGAACGAGUUCGGGUUUCCAUGGUUCUGCUCGGAAGAGCAUGGACUCGACUUCCGGAUCGUCCACACCCUUGAACUCUAUUGUCAAAUCCAUGAGGAAAGCCGGUCGAAAACUAAAGUAUCGCAAGACUAUUUACUCGGCCAGGAUUUUCGACCUCUUUGACCUGGGAAUGAUGGCCAAAAUGCAAGAACAACUGGCACGGGUCCACUCUGUCUGUGAAAAUGAUCUGAACAUAUCACUAAGCUCGAAUGAGAUCACCCUGAAAGGCGAGACCUUGGCCAGAAAAAUAGAUCCAUCCACUGGAGAGACCCAAGUGCUUCAGAGAUGGACCCCCCAUGACAUCUUGCCAGAUGAAUGGACCAACUUGAAAUCUCUGCAACCUUACAAAACAGUGAAACUGUCUGCUCUGCCCCAAUCUGCCAAAGCAUUUGUGUCUUCCCAAGUGCAUUUAAAAGGGGAAUCCAAUUGUGCACCCGAUGAUUCCCACUUGAAUCGGAGGAAACGACGAUUUCCUCAGCAAAGUUCAAGCUCCCUCUCCUGACAUCCCGACUUCUUCCUUAUGGUCCCAUUGCCGCCGCCUCUCUCCUGUAUUAACCAGGUGCCGCAGGGUGACCCAAAUCUGUGAAUUCCAAAACGGCCACAGUGUAAAAAAGUGUUCAUAGGCCGUUGCUGCCUACUCCCGAUGUGUGUGUACAUAUAUAUGCAAUCCAUUGAGGGUUCCAAACCCAUCUUCAAGAGUGUGAUGAAUUAUACAACCUUGGUCGAUUAGUUUUUGCUCCACUCGAACGAGGACCAACCCACCAUCGUCUGAGUGAAAGACUUUCCUUGGAAACGCGUGCAAGAAUUUCCAUCACAAUCAAGGACCUCUUCAAAACGCCUCCAUGGAGGUGUGGAGCGGAGUAUAAUUUGCCAAACCAAUCAUUCUGUUUCAUGUAUUCUCUACAUGCCCAAGUUAGAAAUACCUCUAUCAAGAUUCUCCACGUCAUCACUGCCAAGUGUAAUUUUCAGCACUGCCUUUAAAUGUGUUGCUUGUUGUGAAUAUCCAGUACUAGAAAUGUCUGUUAGGUGCUCUCUGGAUGGAACAAUAUGUUGGACCAAAAUGUGCAAUUUGACUUAAAACACAAUUGCAUAUUCCAGCAUCGAUUGUCUGUAGAGUGUCUUUAAGCCCACCCUCCCUCCCUUGUCGAACAAUGCGAGAGCCUUCUUGAUUCUUUGCCAUAGUGAAUUUGUUUCAAACUGAUCUCAGAACCUAGGUCUAACCAUCCUUCAAAAGCUCCCUAAUGAAUUUAGAAACAUGAAAUAGCAGAAUCAAAGUAUUUGAAGGUGUAACAAUGUUCGAAAACCCAUUUUGUACUCGACAACAAAUUAUGAAACAAUAAAAAUUGUCCAAGAUAA